UUUUUUUUCGAUUUUACUUGUAUAUUAUUAAUCAAAUUAAUUUGCAUUUAUCAAUGAUGAAUUCUUGCAAAGAAAAUGUUACACGAUUAAUACCAAUACCAAAAUCACCAGUUGUAAAGCCACCAAUUUAUCGUUCAAUGUAUACUGAUUCAAUAAAAAAAACUUUCAAGAUUAACAAAGAUUGCCAUCGAACCAUGGGACAUGCACAAAUCCAUUUAAAUCCUCCUUCUGUGUUUUUAAAAAAACAUACGCGAAAAACAAUAAAGCCUUUAGUUGAAUUUACUAGACUGUGUCAACCAAAAGAAAUAAAAGUAAAUAAAUUUAGAAAAACAAAUUUAAAUGAAAACGAAAAAAAAAAAAAAGAUUACAAACGGAUUAACAUACUAGAAACUGUUCAAAAAAUUCCUCCUUUAAUUAGACACAAAGUUCAGGAUACAAGAAACGGACAUGUUAUUUUACUUGAUAAGGCUGGAUUAGAACCUAUGUAUGUGUUAAAAAAGCUUUACCUUAUGUGCUUUAUAAUAUUUUUGAAGAGUUUUGGUAAAACACCUGACUAUAUUUUUAAAUUGAACAAAGAGAAAGGAAAAACUAGAAUAAUACAGGAUGAACAAAAAAAAACUGUAGAACCUAUUUUGAGAUGCUUACCUGAACAAGAACGAAGUGAUUUGUUAAAGUUGCCACUUUUUCACUAAUUUCACCUGACCGAUUUUUAUCAACAAUACGUCAAAAGAUCACAAAUUACAUCUAGUUAAAAACAAUACCCUUAAAAAUUGAAAAAAUUCCCUUGUACCACGUAAAUAGGCAAAACGUUAAAAAAAAUUACGAUUUUGACAAUUUUUUAAACUUAAAACUAUCGUAAAAUUUUUAAAAAUAGAAGAAUUUUUUUUUCUAAAUAUCUUAUAGGUAUUUACUUUCUAAAGUAUGUAUAUGACACUAUAUCUACACCCAGAGAGAUAACAACUUUUGUAUGAAAAGUUAAAUUUUGAACAUUUUCCGGAAAUACUACGAGUUUUAUAAGUUUUAUUAAAAAAGUUUAUCCUAUUACCUUUUUUUCUAUGUGUAAAUGGCUGUCAAAGAUUAACAAAAAAUUAUUUUUAAUCAUAGUUUUGGAGUGAAACUUUAAUUGUUAUUUAUCAGAUAAGGGUGAUUGGUCAAAUAAAUUACGUAAAGUGUUUAUUAGAUCCUUACAAUAGCUAUUGACCAGCUGUAUUUCAUUUAAAAACGUUAAAAUAUUUAAUAAUUCCCCUUUAGUACAAUAGUAAAAAUAAAGUGCCCUUUAUAUCCUUUUGAAAUUUUAAUUAAAAUUGACUCUAUUAGAUAUUUUAUAUUCAUACAAGUUUUAAAAGCUUUAUAAAUAAAAAUAUGUUAAUUUCCUUUAGAAUAUGAAAUAAUUUGUUCUGACGUAAGUUCAAGAAUAUCGCUAUGAAAACCUAUCAAAUGACACGUGUAUUGUGUAAUCCUAAUUGUUUAGUUAUUAUAAUGACACUUUAAAUAAAAAUUAUAGAGAGACAUAUAUUAUGCUAACUUACCAAAUAAUAUGAGUAUUGCAAUUGUUACGCAAAAAUAUUUGAACAUAUAUCCAAUAAAAUAUUACUUAACUAAAAUAAAAAAAAAACGUUUAGGGUAAUAGAACUGUAUAUAAAAGUUGUAAUACACUAACAGGGGAUCCAUCACUGAAUGUUAUAAUAUAGCAGAGAGAUCGGCGUCUCCAUCAAUUGUUACGUGGCUAGUUAAGGGUUGAUACUAAAUACCUGCCACAGUAUUCAAAGAUGUAUAAUGAUGAUGUGAGAACGUUGAUAUAAGUACAUAUACAGAGUGAUUGAGCAACUAUGCCUCACAAAUUAUCUCUGAAAAUAUAAGUUAUCUUUAUUUUUAUGAAAUAUUAUGUUUCUCUCUUUGGCUGCUCAAUGAAAAACAUUACAUUUUUAUGAUUAUCCCUUAUGCUUUAAAUCAGUAACAACUUUCAGUUUUCAUAUGGUAACCCUAUUUUUUUUAUAUAACCAGAUCAGAUUUAAUUAAAAAAAAUUGUUUUAUUUUAUUCAAUUAUCAACGAGCUAUGAUUCAUUAAAGUUUAGGAGACGUGAGUAUUAUUUACGUUGAUUUAUAAACACGCGCAAAUUUCUUAUUGGUACACUAAAUAUUAAUGUUACUGUAUUUACCCGACUACAGUUUUAUUUGUUAAAUCCCCUGAAUUUUAAAUAGUGAUAUCUCGUUAAGAAUUUAUUAAAAUAGAUUUUUUUUUGAGAAAUUUUUUUUAUGCUAAACAAGAUUAAUAAAAAAAAAGAACUGGGUUGCUAUUUGAAUAAAUAAAGUUGAUAAUGAUUUAUAAAUUAAGGGUUAAAAAUGGAAUCUAUAUGUUUCUUGCCAAGUAGCUCAACAAAAAUUUAUAACAAAUAAAAUAAUUACAUAUAUGAUAACGAUAAUAUUUUUAAAGAAAAUUCGUGAGGCAUAGUUAGACAAACAUCCUGUAUGUGAUAAAUAGAUAAAUUUGGAAGUGACUAAUUUUACAUGUUGAUAAAUUCCACUAAAAAUUAUUUGAUAUAAAUAAACCAUUAGUUUAAAAUAAAAAAAUUUAAUUAUAUAUUUAGAUAGAAAUAGUAUUGUUAACGAUAUUUAAAGGCUAAGGAGACAUACAGAAAAGAGUCCCAAAAAGGUACAUUAAUAUAAUUGAAUGUAUGUUUGAUGGCACUUAUACCAAGAUAAAAUAAUAUAAUAUAGAGUAUGAAUUUGACAAUGGGAAACACGAGGUAGGUGAAAUGAGAAGAUCAGUGACAAUAAGUAAAGAUGUGAUAGGAAACAUGGAAAAUUAUAAAUAUUUAGGAUCAAUUGUGCAAAUUAGCUGUGGUAUUGACGAGAAUGUAAGACACAGGAUUAAGUGUGGGUGGGAGAAGUGGAGACAAGCAUCUGGUGUGUUAUGCGAUAAGAGAAUUUUAUAUGAAGAUAGAAAUCGGAAAUUGUAAGAACAGUUAUGGAAAUGAAUGUUGAAUGAAGAAGAGGUAGAGGAAGAUCAAAAAAUCGAUAAAGAGAUGUUAUUGAAUGUGAUAAUAUGAAGACGGCUGAUGUGUGUGUAGAUGGUGUAGGAGAAUGUGUCAAGUGGAAGUUUAAGCGGCCGACCCCGAGUAGUUGGGAUAAAGAAGAGAAAAAAUAAAAAGGUGAAAAAAUUAUAUAUUUUAAUAAUGGACUCUUACGCUAGUUUACUUUAUAUUUGUUCAAAAUUUCAUAUUUAUUUUAGUGAUAAUUUCAGCAAAUAUUGGAACUUUUAAAUACAAAUUUACAUCUUUUAACUCUAUGAUAAAUUAAUUUUUAUCAAUUGAUCUCAGAGCAACAUGCAUGACUAUUAAUGAUUUAAUAUUGGGGCUCUCUUUUUAUAUCAUAAUUUUUUAAAUAACGGUUAGUUAUUUUUCUUUACUUCUUCUUAUUUUG